GUCCAGCGACCUUCACCAAAACCUCAAUAGCUGCAAUCAGACAAACUACAUCGCAUAAAAAAGCAGCUUCUGGAAAUCUCAUUGAUGACGUCCCUGCAAGAAGUGAAUCCCAGAGUGAGAGGGAUCAGACUCUCACCUCAAAGUGGGCUGCAUAGUCUGGCUGAGAACAUCACCAGAGACGACAUCAAGGGGGCGCCACAACCCUUCAAAGAGCUGAUUGACGUCAGUUCAGGUGAUCCCCAGAGAGCAGGAAUGAAACCCAUCUCAUUUAUUCGUCAGGUCCUAGCUGUGUGUUUGUGCCCUGAACUGCUGAGUGAUGAACAUCUUCCUCUGGACGUCAGGCUCAGAGCCCUGAGGCUCUUGGAGGCUUGUGAUGGUGAAAGUGUGGGUUCCUACACCACCUCCUCUGGACUGCUUUACAUCAGACAAACUAUCGCAGAGUUCAUCAUGAAAAGAGACGAAGGUGUUCCUGCAUGUGCUGAAAACAUUUUCAUAUCCUCUGGAGCUCAGAGGGGCCUGAUGGUGAUAAUAAAGCUGCUUUCCGGAGGGGAAGGGCCACGUCAGACUGGCGUGUUGAUCCCACAGCCUUGUCCACACGCACUGCUUCCUCUGCUGGACGAGGCCGGGGUGCUGGCCGUGCCUUACCGGCUGAUAGAGGACAAAAACUGGGCUGUCGACAUGAGUGACCUGGAAAGAGCUCUGACAACCUCCAGAGGGCGCUGCGAGCCCAGAGCAAUCUACAUUAGCAACCCAGGAAACCCCACAGGACAUUUGCAGGACAGGAAGUCCAUAGAGAAAGUAAUUGAGUUCGUAGCAGCUGAGAGACUCCUUCUGCUGAUUGAUGAGGUCUACCAAGACAGUGUUUAUGCACCAAACAAAGAGUUUAUUUCAUAUAAGAAGGUUCUGUUUGAGAUGGACAAACAUCUGAGAGACACUGUGGAGCUGGUCUCCUUCCACUCUUUAUCCUGUGCCUCUGUAGCAGAGUGUGGCCUCAGAGCAGGAUACAUGGAGGUGGUCAACAUGGACCCAGGGGUGAUGCAUUUUCUCGAUACCAUGCUCUGUACUGACAUCAAUGCACCAGUCACAGGACAGCUUGCAUUGGAUCUCAUGCUCGGCCCACCCAGUCCGGGUGACCCUUCAUAUAACACAUUUGUUCAUGAGACUCUCCUGACUCGAGCCACUCUGGCCCAAAAUUCUCAGCGGGCUCUGAAGCUGCUGAAUGAUCUACCGGGAAUGAGCUGCCGCCCGGCGAUGGCGGGAAUCUACCUCUACCCACAUUUGGAUCUACCAGCUGAGAUCAAGGAGCAAGCCAAAACGCUGGGACUGGAAGCAGAUGUAUUGUAUUGCCAGAUGUUACUGGAGGAGGAGGGUUUGAUCAUAGGUGCAGGAGAUGAUGGAACAAGUGGCAGCCAUCAUCUCAGAUUAUGUAUUCUGGUCCCGCCUGACACGUUGGGGGAGGUUUUGUCUCGCCUCUCUUCCUUCCACCUUCACCUCGCUGACAGAAAACGCAACAGAAUUGUAUAGGACAAAGCUGAGAAGCAACAUGCUGUCAGAGGAAAUACAUCAAAGCCACAUCAAACAAGCAGAAAGAUCAUAUUUAAAUAUUUGUUUUCUUUGCUGACAUUUUACAAUGAUGUUAGAAAAGUUUCUAUUGGAGGAGAAACGUAUUUACCAUUUUAUCAGUCAGAAAAGUCUGGAUCCUUUCUAAAAUUACUGUUGGGUUUAGCUUUAAUGUAAAAACCCCAUGACCACCUGAACUGCUUUUCAGACUUGCUUGGAUUGUGAUAACAAAAGCAUGAAAAUAUAAGAACAAGAGUAGCUGUUUCAAGAAUUUGACUGUUAUAAAAUAACACUUAUCUGAAUAAACACACAAUAGGAGAAAAUGCAAAUAUUCAUUGUAGUUCUUUACUGCCCCUAAAUGUUAAAUUCACCUGAUAAGUAAAUUAGGUGGUUGGGUGUUUUUGUAAUGAUCAAAAUGUCAAUUUCAUUCUCGUGACAUCCACUCAAAUAUUUUGUUGUAUGAUACACUGAUGUUUUCUAAACAGGUUGAAAAUCAGAAUUUGUUCUCAAACUUAUUUUGUAAGGAUUAAAACA